AUCAAUACACAGGGUAACAGAGCCAGGAGCUAAAUUUGUGAUUGAAUAUUAAGUAACGUCUUAAGUAUGAUCUUAUUUCAGCACUUAGAAACUGCCUCUUUCAGCUGCUCACCACCGCACUGUCCACACCAUGUCCCAUAGGAAAUUUUCGGCGCCCAGACAUGGGCACAUGGGAUUCCUCCCUCGCAAGCGAAGUAGCAGGCACAGGGGGAAGGUUAAAACCUGGCCGAAGGACGAUGCAAGCAAGCCGGUGCAUCUGACUGCCUUCCUGGGAUACAAGGCCGGGAUGACUCACAUCUUGCGGGAAAUACACAGACCAAGCCAGAAGACGUCAAAGCGAGAAACGGUGGAGGCUGUUACGAUCAUCGAUACCCCGCCAAUGGUAGUUGUCGGGAUCGUCGGAUAUGUGGACACUCCCAGGGGACUGCGUACGUUUAAGACAAUCUUCGCCGAGCACAUUAGCGAUGAAUGCAGGCGCCGAUUCUACAAGAACUGGUACAAGAGCAAGAAGAAAGCUUUCACUAAAUACAGCAAGAAAUGGCAGGAUGAAGUCGGGAAAAAGCAACUGGAGAAAGAUUUUGCAUCCAUGAAGAAAUAUUGCAAGGUCAUCAGAAUCAUUGUCCAUACUCAGAUGAGGCUACUGCCUCUGCGUCAGAAGAAGGCCCAUGUCAUGGAAAUCCAAUUGAAUGGCGGAACCAUUGCAGAGAAAGUGGACUGGGCUCACGAGAAACUGGAAAAACAAAUCUCAGUACAGAAUGUCUUUCAUCAAGAUGAAAAUGUCGACGUGAUUGGCGUCACCAAAGGAAAGGGAUUCAAAGGGGUUACUUCCCGCUGGCACACCAAGAAACUACCGAGGAAGACCCACAAAGGUCUGAGGAAGGUUGCCUGCAUCGGGGCCUGGCAUCCAGCUCGGGUUGGCUACACCAUUGCCCGGGCGGGGCAGAAGGGAUAUUUCCACCGGACUGAGAUCAACAAGAAAAUUUAUCGCAUUGGACAAAGUCUCCAUGUGGAAGAUGGCAAGGUAGUGAAAAACAACGCCUCCACCAAUUAUGACUUGACUAAUAAGAGCAUUACUCCAAUGGGUGGCUUCCCGCACUAUGGAGAGGUGAACAAUGACUUUCUCAUGGUUAAAGGCUGCGUCAUGGGAACGAAAAAGCGCGUCCUGACCCUCAGGAAGUCCCUUCUCGUACACACGAAACGGAGUCAGCUGGAACAAAUCGAGCUCAAGUUCAUUGACACAACUUCGAAAUUUGGCUGCGGGCAUUUCCAGACACCAGAGGAGAAGAGAGCGUUCAUGGGCCCCCUCAAGAAAGAACUGGUACAAACAAAGGCCGGCACUCUGGCUGAUUCUUCAUAGGCACUGGUGUGCAUCUCUGUGUCUGACACUGGGUCGGUGUUAAAGAUAGUAAUAAAUUAGCGCACAACGCUCACUGUC